UAAGAGCACACCUAGUUAAUAGCUAGGGGAGGUCGGGAACCCAGAUGGGGUGCCAGGCCUGCCCAGAGUCCGAAAUGGGAGACUUGGUCUGUUCUCAGGCCUUUGAAUUUCUGAGCGAGUCUCUGUGUUUCCCCCUGGCCUGGGGUACCUGGAAGGAGCACGAGCCACAAACCAAGUCAGUCAGAACAAAACAACCCAAGAAACUAGUGCUCCCGUAGACAAAAGAGUGUGUGUCCCAUCUCCUUCCAGGGAAAGGAAGCCUGUGGCCUGUAUAGGCGCCCCGCUGGCCCGGACCGGGCGGCCUGGUCUCAGCCCCCCACAGCCCUUCCUGAGCUGGCAGACAAGCCUGCUCUCUUCCAGGGAGAGGGAGGCGGCUCUUUGUUUAUGCGUCUCAGCCAGGUUGCCCGGCCCACUCACUGCUCUGCAAUUGAGAGCAGUAAAAAGCAAAAAGCUCUAAAAUUCAAAACAACCCAUCUGUAUAAGAACAGCUUCUUAUCACACCCCAGGAAGGCGCAGCGUUUGCGAUAGGAAUCAGUAUGUGCAAGCCCUCUACAUUGAAAACCUAUGAAAACAUCAGCCUUUCCGGAGUGUCUGGCUCCUGCUAGCUGGAUGUUAAUUGUAGCUGAAGCCUCUGCCCGUUAUUACAAAAGGAAAUAAACAUUCAGGAGUCAUUUUCAAAGCAUUCUGAUUGUUCUAGAACAUUCAUCUGAAGUUGAGUCUCACGGUGCACAGCGGGUCUAUGUCAAAUAGAAACAACCCACAGGACCGUCAGCCCGGCCGGGCUGUCUGCCCAAGCAGGGUGCACUGCCCGGGCCUCGCAGCCCUAUGCCCCCCUCAAGAAGCUCUCCCACUCUCUGUUGUCCCUUCUACUACGUGGGGUUCUGGUGCUCACCUUGGGGAGGAGCCUGUGACCUAAUGGUCCUCCUCCCCAGCCAGCCAGGCUUCUGGCACAAAUCACCCUCCCCCCCCCCCCCCACCGCCGUUCAGAGAGCUUAGAGAGCUCAGAGAGCUCUCAGCAGGACUGGCUGGGGGGUGGGGACAGCGGUCAGGGAGGGCUCCCCGGGGCUUCGAUGCCAAAAUAAAACUUCAGGAGUGAGUUAGCACUUCACAAAGGAACGGAGAAUCGAGGAAAGGCAGUCUAGGCGAGGGACCAGUGUGUGCAUACGGCAGUGGACAAGGGACGGGGGAAGCUGUGUUCACCCCCGCCCGGCCCCGGCAGGGGGUGGGGGGGCAGGUGCCCGGCCCAGAUGGGCCCCACACCAGAGGACAGGAUUUCCUGGUAACAAAGCAAGGAAACCAGGUAAGGUUUUAGAGAGACCAGCUCAGCUACCUUUCAACGGCGUGACUCCUCUUUGCUGGUUUUUCACGUCUGCCGGGUCUGUGCGUGUGCAGGCAGGGUUCCCAGCAGGCGUGACCCCUGCCCGUCCCUGCAGCAGCUCAGCCACCCCCCACCCAUGCUGCUUGGACCCACUCCUGGCACCGGUCUGCACGGAGAUCACUCUGCACCUCAGCCCAGCGCAUUCCCAUUGCUUACAGGCGUGCAGUUUUGACGGGCUGGUUUAUACCAUCUUGUCUUCUUUGAAAAGGCACAGAAAGCAAGUCGCCGAUGUCUUGCCUCAAAAUGCUUCUAACAGGCCGCCUAACGGGCGGGUGGGCCUUGCCAGCAGUGAAGAGGAGGGCCAGUCGCUGCGGAGAGGCCUCUCUGGCGUCCUCCUAAGGGAGGGCUGGAAAAGAAAGGACCAGAGCCGUCCUGCGUCCCGGCUUGUCUGCACGCUGUGAGCGCACGCGAGGGAAGCACACGCUUACUUAUGCCCCAGUUGAAUCCCUCCAUCAUGUGGAGCUGCGGCCCGCUCAACGGCACGGGCGGCGCGGAGGACCAGCCGCUGUGCCAGCACCUGCAUCUGGUCCUGUCCGUCUUCUCCCUGCUCUACCUGGUGGCCGGCGUCCCCGUCGGCCUGGGCUACAACGCCCUGCUCGUCCUGGUCAACCUGCACGACCAGAGCAGCAUGACCAUGCCUGACGUCUACUUCGUCAACAUGGCCGUGGCGGGCCUGGUGCUCGGCGCCCUGGCGCCCGUGCACCUGCUGGGCCCCACCGCCUCCGGGUGGGCCCUGUGGGGCUUCGGCAGCGAGGCCCACGUCACGCUGCUGGUGCUGUUCAACGUCUCCUCCCUGGUGACCAUGUACUCCACGGCCCUGCUCAGUCUCGACUGCUACAUCGAGCGGGCGCUGCCGCGCACCUACAUGUCCAGCGUCUACAACACGCGACACGUGUGCGGCUUCGUCUGGGGCGGGGCCCUGCUCACCAGCUUCUCCUCCCUGCUCUUCUACGUCUGCAGCCACGUGGCCGCCAGGAUCGUCGAGUGUUCCAAGAUGCGGGACGCGCAGGCCGCGGACGCCAUCAUGGUGUUCAUCGGCUACGUGGUCCCCGCCCUGGCCGUGCUCUACGCGCUGGCGCUCAUCUCGAGGAUCCGGAAGGAGGACACGCCGCUCGACCAGGACGCGGGGAGGCCGGACCCCUCGGUGCACAGGCUCCUGGUGGCCACCGUGUGCACGCAGUUCGGGCUGUGGACGCCUCACUACCUGACCCUCCUGGGGCACACGCUGCUGGCCUUGCGGGGGAAGCCCGUUGACAGGCACCACCUGGGGAUCCUGCUCUUCGCUAAGGACGUGGCGAGAUUCCUGGCCUUCUCCAGCAGCUCCGUGGUGCCGCUCCUUUACCGCUACAUCAACAGAAACUUCCCCAGCAAACUCCGGCGGCUGAUAAAGAAAAUGCACUGCGGGCGCCAGAGCUGCUCCCCGGACCAAGCAGGGGUACAGCAGGUGAUGGCGUAGAGCCGGCGGCUGGGGUCACGGCCGCUCGCUGAGCGCGGGUCCCGGGGCCGCCACCAGUGCCCCGGGUGGGGUCAUCGGACGGGCAGUCAACGGCGUACUUCCCGGAGGCACGGUCCGGGCCCCCUCCUGGGAGACAGGCGACCGACGCUUGACCUGGAUGCACAGCACUUUGUCACUGCCCGCUCUGUCACGCUCUCCCCCAGGACGUCACUGAGGCCGGGACCCAGAACAGCACGAGGCGUGUUCUCUCCAAGUUUUCUGCUUCCAGACAGGCCGCUCUUAGGCCAAGGCCUUAGGCCGUGCGGUCCAAGGCGGGAGGGGCCUGGCGUGAAAAACAGCUGCCUGCCCACCUGCUUCGGGGCGGACGCACUGCUCGGUCUCGGUCAUGCGGGGCCACACCCGCAAUAGCGUCCUCAGCCUGGCCGCCUCCACCCUGGGUUUCUGAACGAAGUCAGGAGAAUCCAAAUCCAGUGUUUAUAUUCUGUGCCGGCAAAAUACCCGAUUCUGUCUCUUUACUUGCGCUUAUAAAAAGAUUCGAGAGAAGUCACCAAAGCCCGAAAGCGAAGGAAGCAACACGGAGGGCACUCCCGUUGGACGGACGGGCUCCUGCUACUGCAGGGUCGUGCUGGGUGGGGUGAGGCGGGGAGAGGC